GUUACCGUUGUCAGUAAAUAAAAAUGAUGCCUCCUCGAGUCUCCAAAAUAAUAUCUUUAAUUGGCGUUGAUUCUAUACGUCGCAGUAUAUGUAUGACCCAGAUUAUUUGACAGAAGUGAAGUUCUAGAUCGUGAAUAAAUUCAAUUCAUUCCUUUUGACUUUUAAACAGCCGAUAUACCGAUAUUUUUUUAGAAAAUGGCUUGUUCAAGUGAUAUUAUUAAUCCUGCAGGAAUUCUCCACCCUAGGAAAGUGACUUAUUCUCCUGAAACUCAUCAAUUUUUAAAACUACUGAUGGACGAAACCAAAAUGUCAACAAUGCAACGAAACAAAAUGAACUACUACCUCCGCAACGGGGAACCUCUUCCCUCUCUCUCCAGGUCCAGAUCCGGUCGGAAUCCCCACAUUCCUGAUGUCACCAUAAGACCAGGAAGUCCCAGGAGGAGAACUAGAGAAACUAUCAUCAGAAGCGGCGUUUACGAGAGGGAAAGCUUCAGACCGACGUAUCCAGUUGUUGACAGGGAAAAGGAGAAAGAAAAAUUGCAGAACAAAAUGGCGUUCAAUAAGGAUAUCACGGUCAAUCCGGUGAAGGUCAUGACUAAGAUAGUGGAAAGUAAGAUGGACAAGGAUGAGCAGAAUAGGUUUGAUCAAAUUAUGGAAGAAAUUAAGGAGAGAGAAAAGUGGCUGAAAGAGAUGGAAUUCUUAGGAGAAGGAAAUAAGUACAGACACAUCAUUGCACAGCAGAUACAAGAGAAAGUUCGUGAAAUCAGUAGAUUGAAAUUGGACGACCAAUAAAAUAUAUUAGAUAAUGUCGUUGGUUUUAUAUUUCUACAGUAUGAUACUUGGACACUAUAUUACGUGGUCAUACCAAUUUGUAAUGACCUCAUCUACAACGUCCUUUAAAUAAUCUGUAAGUUUGUAUAAUUUUCUUGUGACAAUUCCGAGAGAUUAGCACCUUACUUUGAUCAUAAUAACUAGGUAACUAGGUUUUUGGCAACAAUAAAAUACACAUUAUGUAAAUUAAAUAAAAUAGGCGACGAACCACUUCAAAAAUUAUUUAUUGAGAAGUUGAAAGUUGUAUAGCAAAGUAUAGUAUUAUCUCUAACAAUAUGCGUAUUUUUAAUAAAUCGGUAUCUUGAAGGAAUUUUUUGUGAUGGGAAGGUACAAUACAUUUACUCGUCAAUAUAAGAAAGUCUUCACAGAUAUCAUUAACAAGAACUCAUAGGAAAAGUAACUACUGGGAAUAUACAAGAAUAAUAAGAUAUUUACUCAAUAUACGAGGGUGAUAUCAUAAUGUAUACGAUGUUACACCUAAUAUAAGGACGAGUGGACGGCCCUCUAGAUUCGGCAGUAAAGUGGUUUGUAGAACAUCGUCAACAUAACGAGUAGCAGUCAUAUUGGCUUGAACAAUCGGCUACCAUAGGCAAUCGCCCCUCAAAGCAUUACUCCAACAGUCCUGGGCCCUCUCAUCAGUAAAUCCAAUAUCACCCCGUUCUACCCGGCGGCGUCUUACCCUUCUACGACCAUCGUGCUUACCUACGUACCUAGACCGAAUCGCGAUAUAUCGCUGAAGAUGAAAUUAUGCCAUUCUGCCUCCCAAUGUUGCCGUUCUUUGCUCCAGUUCAAAUGUUGACGACAGUGGUCCCCAGUCAGAGGAAGCACUAACCGUGGACGGUAUGAAAAAGGUCGGCUCGAAUGCGGCGAUAGAGUGCACGCAUAAUAGCAGGUCUACCUUCUUCUCCAAACCAUUGGUCAGCGAUCUGACGCAUAGUAGCAAAACGGUCUCGUAGGGCUAGUGGUCUGGAGCGCCUAUCUUGGAUGGCCUUCUUCGUGUUUGUCUUCCUUCUUCUAUCUUCACACGAUACAAACGCAUUACCGUUAUUGCAGUACAAUUAAUACAGCGGCCAAUUUCGCGAUAGUAGAAACCAACAUCUAUUGUAGAUAGGCAGUAAUUCUACCCAUUUUGUUAAGCUCAACACUAGUAAAUUAAAGGGCAAUAAUUAAAAAUAUCUGUACUACUAAGCUCUUAUCAGAAACUGCUUUCUUCACAAAAACUAAGAGAUAACAUUUUAACAAAGGUUACCAAAAACAAAGAUAAAACGUUGACAUUGUUGCCACAGCUUGCUUCAAAUGAAGUCUAUAUCUUGUUGAAGAAAUUAUUUUUUUCUGGGUGUAACACUUCUAAUGUCACUAGGUAUAUUUAGCUAAAUAAAAAUGCAUCUACAUGAGGAUCUUUAGAUUUUAUCGUGAAUGAAAUUUAUUUUCCAAUGAAUGGAGGCC